AUGAAAACCUACCAGUCCUUCAUCAUAGUCAAGAAUCGCUGUAAUCAGGCAAUCGAUCAACGGCUCGCAGAAGUGUUGCAAGGUGUUUGUGCUCUCGUAGCUGGUAUCGUCGUUGCAUUUGCCUACGGCUGGAAUGUCGCUCCAAUUGGUCUGGCCACCGCUCUAUUGUUAGUUGUUGCCCAGUCAUCUGUUGCUCAAUAUCUGAAGUUCAGAGGACAGAAAGACAUGGAGUCAGCCAUAGAAGCCAGUCAGAUAGUGACCGAAUCAAUUUCGAACACACGAACGAUUCAAGCACUGUGUAAGGAGGGCUACAUGUACGAAGCAUACUGUGCUGCAGCACAGGAACCGCAUAGAAGAGCUAUUGUAAGAGGUAAGUUUAGACGAUGGCUAAACAAUGGGAAAAAGAUAAUGCGCCUGGGCUGUACAACGCAUUUGUGA